AUGGAGACCGUGUUUCUCGACCCCUCCGACCAGGUGGGGGCAGCUCGGGAUGGGGGUGGCGUUUUACCGGCAGAUCGCAGUGCCAGCAGCAACAGAAGUUGGACUCACAAUGGUGUCCCAUCUUUGCAGCAGCAGCAGCCACAGCAACAACAACGACUACAGCAACAGCGUGCAUUUGUGGCAGUCAACGGAGUCGGAAAUGACUCUUACUGCUGCGUCCGAAUAGCGGGUGAGGUCUCGGUGUCACCCGAGGAAGAGGCCCUGGAGCUGUUGGAAAAGACUCGCUGUGGAGAUGCUGUGGAGGCCAAGGCUCUUCUAAGGAUAACUUGGAUAGACGGCGCGUACUGCGUGCUGCCACCCUUACCGCCGUCUACUGCCCUUGCUGGUGCUGCCGCUGCUCCAGCUGCUGCUGCUGCUGCAGCCAAUCCGGUUUGUGGCACAACGGCUGCAAGGACGCCGGAGCAGCCAUCAGCUGCAGCCGCACCCGAAGAGACACAAGAACAGCAGCAGCAGCAGCAGCAACAAAGGCGGCCAGCUCUUGGGGAAGCACCGGGGGAGCCGGCCGCAGAUGAGCCAGCAAGACACGUAGCAUCUCGCGUCCCCACUACAACAGAUCGGUUGCAGAGGGAGCAGCGUACUAGGGAGGCGUCGUCAGCAAUCAGCAAUACAGAUGAGCAGGCGGCAGCAGCGGCAGCUGCACAAGCAGCAGCCGCCGCUGCAGCAAUGCAAGCGGCAGCUACAAUAGCAGCAGCGGAAGCAGUGCAGGCAACUGUGGCAGGAGGAGUGGCUGACGGAGCAGCAGAAGCUGACGCCCAUGGCGCUGCAGGCACGGGCGCAGAAGCAGGCAGCCGAGGGUCUGAGACUCCAGAAGCAGCUGCGGCAGCUGCUGCAGCAGCUGCUGCAGUGAUUGCCGCCCCAGCAGCAGCUGCUGCAGCCACUCCUGCCGACGCAUCAGCAAUAGCGCUACCUGGGAGAACAGGGCUAGCAGCAGUUCGCGGAUCCAAUUCGCGAACAGGGGCGCAGGCAAAUCGUGCGGAGGCGGACAAGGUAUGGCUGGUGGUUCGGAGUCUGCGGGACUGCGGCGGCGUUCGUUUAGUAGAGGGUGAUAUCCUGAAGCUAGGAAGGUUCCGCCUAAAGGUCAAGGAGGCCGUGCUUAAUCAGCAGCAAGCGCUUCAAGCCACAGCCAGGCAGCGCCCUCACUUGGGAGAUGUUGACGACUGUGAAACAGUAGCGCCAGAGCCAGAGAGUGCAGCAGCAGCAAUUGCAGCAGCAGUGGGAGACAAUGGCUUCGACUCCGGUGAAGAGGUGGUUCCUGAUGCAGUCGCGGAUGGUGAAGACGCUGCCGCAGCUGCCGCUGCUGCAGUGGAAGGUGCAGCAGCAGCAGCAGCCGCUGCUGCUGUCUCUGCUAACUGUCCUGUUUCCUCCGCGGCGGAGCAGCCCGUGUUCAGCACGUUGCCGAGCAGAGAGGCCUUUGGGCCUUCGCCCGUGGCGACGCAUGCUGCAGCAGCUGCAGCAGCAGCAGCUGCUGCUGCAGCUGCUGCUGCAGCACUCCCUCCAGGGUCUCCACUAAGGGCUGUGGCAGCUGCAGCGGCAGCAGCGGGCAGCCGAGCUGCACUGGCAGGCCCGCUUUCCCGUUGCGUAUCUGAAGGUUGUCUUCUCACUCCAAAGGGCUCAGGUGUUGGAGGGGAACUUUUCUACGAAACAGGAGAAGUGGGAAGCCAUUCAGCGGAUGCUACUGCGUACAUGUUGCCUUUGUCUUAUUCAGGAGCUUCGGCGAUGGGUCUUCGCCCCCUCAGUGCCGAUGCGAGAGCCAGCAGAAGCAGUCUCUUCUCUCGUCCCGCCUGUCGCAUUUGCCUCUGCGAAGCAUCAGAGGAUGAUGAUCCAGAUACGAACCCACUAGUAGCUCCCUGCCGCUGCAAAGGCAGCAUGCAGUUCGUGCAUUUGCAAUGUCUCCGCACGUGGAUGGAAGGCCGACUUAAUAUUCGCAAUGAUGGCUCGACUGUCGGAUAUUUCCUCCGCUCUUUGGACUGUGAACUGUGCAAAGCACCUUAUCCGUCUCUGGUGGAGGCCAACAGGAAGGUGAUAGAGCUUUUUGCAAUUCCUAGACCUCAGUAUCCUUACUUUAUUCUGGCACCGCGCUUUUACAUACGCAUCCUUUGCCUGCUCGAGACCAUUGACAAGACAUACCUAGAUGUAGACGGUUUUAUGGGGCGGCAGAAGUUUACUAUCUGUCUGUUGCUUCCGUCUUUGCAGAGCCACGCAGCACUCAUCCCACCGCAGCGGGAGGCACGGCGCCGCCCAGGGGCCUCCAUGUUGUCUCUCUUUCCAGCAGGAGAGUUGCACGACUGGGAAGAGGUCACGACUCGGAUAUCCGACUUAGUGACAUAUCUGUCUCCAGAUUUCAUGCUGUCAUCAGGCACCAACAGGUGUGCGAGCACGGGUCGAGGAGGGUUUUUUUUAGAAGAUCAGAGGAGUAAAUUCGGCACCCUUGUGGAACUUAAGAGGCCCCUAAAACUUGAGAGGUGGAUCAGCGGGGUAUCAUUUCAGGUCGGCCGUACAGUCAUUUCCAUCUCCAUCCGGCGGCACUGGAACUUCAUACCUUCGUGCCUUCGUUCACAGAGAAGCAUUGAGUCAGGCUUCAAUUGGCAUUCUCUUCUGGGAGGGGGAGCGGCGGGGGGGCCCUCGGGGACCUCUCGGCUUUCAGCCCUCAUGCAUCGGCAGACCGCAGCGAGCCCAAGGCAUCAGCAGGCACCAGCAGCUGUACCUGCUGCGGACGCUGCUGGUGUUGGUGCCGUUGCUGGCGCUGGUGGUCCUGUUGCCGCUUCUGCCGCAGCUGCUGCUGCGGACACAGGUCUGGCCUCACAGCAGCCACAGCCGGAGCAACCAAGCCAAGAAGAGGCUCCAGCACAUCAAGGGGAGGCGCCCCCCCCAGGGGACUCUGCAGCCGACCAGGACGACAGUAGGCGCAUGGCGGACACACAGCAGCAGCGGCAGCUGCUCCGGCAGCAGAUACAGGAAUUGCAGCAACGGGGAGUAGUUCAUGAGUGCUCCUCAGCAACCCCACAAAAUGCCUCCACUGUUCCCACAGGCAGUGCAACUCAACAGUGA